GCGGAGGCGGCGGGGCAGCGCGGCCGGGUGCCCCCCGGCCGUGCCGGGGAGCGCGCCCGGGUUUUCUGCUCCUCGAGGGGCCGAGGCGCAGGAAACGCUCUUGGAAGUGACCCUAAAAGGCCUUUUCCAGCCUCUCUCGGCAGCCGGACGAGGCUCUUCCAGGCGGGGACAGCGCGGGGGGCGGGGGGAGGCGUUUCCCCAGAGACCUUGGAAGCGGCUUUUUUUUUUUCCCCCUUUUGUUUUUUCCGGAGCCCCUGCCCAGCCCGGGCUCCGACAGCCGCCGGCGCCCCCGAAUCCCGGGAAGCGCGGGGAUUUCUAGGAGAGCUCGCGCCCGGCGCUGCUCCGCGGCGGCUGGAGCCGGAGGCGCCGUGCCCGAAGCCUGGCUCCGUCCCGCGGGCCCCGGGGGCCGAGCUGGGGAAACUGAGGCACAGGAUGACAGGGCCAGGCUCAGCCUCCCGCAAUCGCCUGCUGCCUGCGUGAGCGGGAAACUCUUUGGAAGAGGCUUGUUUAUUGCUUCAAGCUGCCGGGAUUAAACCUCUCUUUAAGGACCCGUUCCCGAGCUCCGGGCUCAUCCCAGCUUCGGGCCGUAGAUCCUGCUGCUCCCUGAGGGAUGGCCGAGGAUGGCGGUGCGGGCGGCACCCCUGACGCUGCCCAGGACGCGGCGAGGGAGGAGGCACCAGCUCCUGUGGCUGCCUUCAAACCAGGCAACGUGGAGGACCUCUAUGAGCUGCUGGAGAAGCUGGGCAGCGGGCACUUCGGCGUGGUAAAGCGGUGCCAGGAGCGGAGCACGGGCACCUUCUACGCCGCCAAGUUCUUGAAGACGCGCAAGUGCCGGGGCAGCCGGCUGGGCUUGGACCGGGCGCAGGUGGAGCGGGAGGUCUCCAUCCUCCGGCAGCUCGACCACCCCAACAUCAUGCAGCUCCACGACCUCUUCGCCAGCAAGGCCGAGGUGGUGCUCAUCCUGGAGCUCAUCCGCGGCGGGGAGCUCUUCGACUUCAUCGCCGAGAAGGAGGUGCUGUCGGAGGAGGCGGCCGUCGAGUUCCUGGUGCAGAUCCUGCGCGGCGUGGAGUACAUGCACGCCCGCCGCAUCGCCCACUUCGACCUCAAGCCCGAGAACAUCAUGCUGCGGGAGAAGGACGUGCCCAAGCCCCAGAUCAAGAUCAUCGACUUUGGGCUGGCCCGGAAGCUGGAGGAUGGCGCGACCUUCAAAAGCCUCUGCGGGACCCCGCAGUACAUCGCUCCUGAAGUGAUCAACUACGAGCCGCUGAGCUCCGCUGCUGACAUGUGGAGCAUCGGCGUCAUCACCUACGUCCUGCUCAGCGGCCUCUCCCCCUUCCAGGGCGAGACGGACGCCGAGACCCUCGCCAACGUCGUCGCCGGCGCCUACGACUUCGAGGAGCGCUACUUCGGCGACGCAUCCGACAUGGCCAAGGAUUUCAUCCGGCAGCUCCUGCGGAAGGAGCCGGGGGAGCGCAUGACGGCGGCCGAGUGCCUCGUCCACCCCUGGAUCAAGGUGAGGGGCUGCGGCGGGGCCGGAGCGGGGCCGGCGGCGCCGGGGCGGCGGGUGACGGUGCCGGGCUCUCCGCUCCCCCGGCAGCCGCUGAGCCGGAAGCAGGCGGCGAACCGGAGCCGCUCCUCCAUCAACAUGAAAAACUUCCGCAAGUUCAACGCGCGGCGGAAAUGGAAGCUCUCCUAUAACAUGGUGUCGGCGUGCAACCGGCUCUGCCGCAUGCGGCUCCUGUGCCGCCGGAGGAAGGAGGACGAGGACUUGCGCUGCUGCGAGAGCGACCAGGAGGCCGACGGCAGCCACCCCGCGACGCUGCUGCGCCGCCGGAGGAGCAGCUGCUCGUGAGCGGGGGGAGGCGAGUGGGGCCCCGCCGCGGGGGGAGAUCCGGCCCCUGCCCCUCCUGCACGCGGGCGGCCCCAGGCUGGAGACGCUCUGCGGCCCCCUCGCUCCCAGCCCUGCAGUGCUGGGGUGGGGGGCAGGGCUGCUGGGGGGCCCCAGGGCUGCUGGGGCAGUGAGACCCCCCUUUCUGCCCCCCCCAGCCCUGCUGGCUCCCUGUUUUGGUUGCAUUUGGAGAAAUAAAGGUGCCCCCCCACCA